AUGUCCGCCAGAAUCACAACCGAGUUUGGCCAGGCAGUUCCACCAGCCCCUCGCCAUGCUGUCACUGUUCAUAUGGGGUCAGAGUGGGAAAAUGCUGUGCGAUUCGGGGCUGAUUCGGCGUCUGUUGUUGCCAAGUUCAAGAACACGUACCCACGCACACGGCCACAUCGUGACAUCUCUCAGCUUUCAAAGGCUGUGUUGGAACACACUGGCUCUGCUGGCAAUGCGUGCCUUCUGUUCCCCUCGCUUCAGUCUGCCAAACAAUGUGUCGAGUACGCUACAUCGAGCAAGCGCAAUGACGGCAUUGCCAAACAGCCACUUGUAGCUGAAGAACUUGAGAUCCGUGCUUUUGCCGCAAAGGACUGUUUCCUAGCCGUAAUCUUCCCGGCAGAAAAGUACCCAGUGGUUACCGGGUUCUGGAGCACUGUUGGUGUUGGCAUCAGCUCUCGAUUUGCCGAGGCCAACCUGGCUUGUUUAGAUCAGCUCAAAGAAGUUUCUCUUCUAGACACCGAAGCAAACAGAGCCCAGUUCGACAGCCAGGCGCACGAGACCCUUCGAAAAAGAAUCCUGUCCUUGCUGAAGCGAAUGCCAUUGCAUCCCAACCUCCCGCCAGCGGUAACCACCAACGAUGUCUACUUGUAUCAGUCAGGCAUGGCUUCCAUCUACAAGCCCCACUCGUACAUGCUUGACCGUUACCAAGGCACAUCUGUUCUCUUUGGAAUGGCGUUUAUGGAUACGCUCACAACACUGGAACAAUUCGGCCCUGAAAGCAAAUUUUUCGGACUGGGCUCGGAUGAGGACAUUUUCGAACUGGAAGCCUAUCUCAAAGACAGCCGGACCAAGGGUCGAAAGGUGCAAGCUCUCUGGGUAGAGUUCCCAGCCAAUCCGUUACUUGUAUGUCCAGACAUUGCUCAGCUGCGCAGGUUGGCGACCGAGUACGAUUUCGUCCUCGGAAUUGACGACACGAUUGGGAGCUGGGCCAACAUUGACGUCAUCUCGAUGGCGGAUAUACUGGUAACGUCCAUCACCAAGUCUUUCAACGGCUACGCCGACGCUAUCGGAGGGACGGCCAUUCUCAACCCUGCCUCUCCCAAAUACCAGGAGCUUAAGCCGAUGUUCGAUGCGCAUUAUGUGCCAGAGUUUUACAUCGACGAUGCGCAGGCCAUUGAGCGAAACAGUCGCGACUACUUGGCUCGCACGGCAAAGCUAAACAGCAACGCCUGUGCCGUUGUCGAGUAUCUAUGCGCUCAGGCCAAAGAUCCAAACAGUGCAGUUCGCCAAGUCCACUACCCUUCAGUCAACCCUUCUGGAGCAAAUUACAAACGCUUCAUGCGCCCUGAAACACCUGAUUUCACGCCUGGAUACGGCUGUGUUUUCAGUAUUGAGUUGGACAACAUUGACACGACCAAGGUCUUUUAUGAGAACCUGAAUGUACACAAGAGCGUGCACCUGGGUGCACCUUUCACCUUGGCGUUUGCUUAUACUCUAUGUGCUUACCAAAGGAGACUGGAUUGGGCGGCCCAGUUUGGCUUGAAGCCAACGCAGAUCAGGAUUUCGGUUGGGCUCGAAGACACUGACACGUUGGUUGAGGACUUUAUAGUCGCAGCCGAGGCGGCCAACGAGGCAAAGAAAACUGGUGGAGAGUAG